GGGGGGGUUGCGAGAAGGGAGAUAUACAUGAGUUAUAAAAUAAAUAAAUAAAAUAAGAGGAUGUGAAUUCACCGGAAACCAUCACCAUCCAACCAGCUGCAGCGCAUAUCUUGGGGCUCACAGGCCGCGAUCAAGGAGCGAGGUAGUGGGGAUGAAGAUGAUAAUGAUGGUGAUGAUGCUCCCCUGCAUGCCCUGCUGAUACACAGGGACGUUAAACCCGCUGCUGGUGAGGAUUAUCAUCCAGGAGGCUGAAGGAAGGAAGGAAGGAAGGAAGGAAGGAAGGAAGGAAGGAAGGAAGGAACACAGGGAGGAGGGGGAGGCAGCGACCAGCAUCAUCCUGUAGGCUGAGAAACACCACAAACCACAUUUAUUCGGGGUUUGGAUUGGAUUUUGCUACCGAUUUUGUUAUUAUUUGUUUUCAGAGGAGGAAACGCAUGCAUAUCCGACAGAACCGACUUCCAGGUGUUAUGCAAUCAAAGGGAGCAGAAAGUGUCCCAGCGUCUCCUCUCUAGUGCUGGAUCUGUGCGGCGUGUUGCAGGGCGGCUGGGAUUAUUCAGGCUGUCCGCUCUUUUUUGGGUGCGUGGGUGGGAGUGGUGGAUGCUGAUCGUGGGGAUUGGAGUCAGCGGAUAUUUAGAAGAUGUCGGGUCAGACGCUGACGGACCGCAUCGCCGCGGCUCAGUACACCCUGACGGGCUCCGAGGUCUCCAGGGCCGUGUGUAAGGCCACCACACAUGAGCAGACAGCCCCAAAGAAAAAACACUUGGAAUACCUGAUCCAGGCCACCCAGGAUUCCAACGUGAACAUCCCCCAGAUGGCCGACGUGCUGAUGGAGAGGGUGGGAAAUGCCAGCUGGGUGGUGGUUUUCAAAGCACUUAUCACCACACACCACCUCAUGGUGCAUGGCAAUGAGAGAUUCCUCCAGUUCCUGGGAUCUAGAAACACCUUGUUCAACCUCAUGAACUUCCUGGACAAAACUGGUUCCCACGGCUACGACAUGUCCACGUUCAUCAGACGUUACAGCCGCUAUCUCAACGAGAAGGCCUUCGCCUACAGACAGAUGUCUUUCGACUUUGGACGUGUUAAGAAAGGAGCGGAUGGAGCGAUGAGGACUAUGUCGGUGGAGAAGCUUUUGAAAGGAAUGCCAAUCCUGCAGAGCAAUAUUGACUCACUUUUGGAUUUUGAGGUUCAGCCAAAAGAUCUGAACAAUGGAGUGAUCAAUUCCUGCUUCCUCCUUCUCUUCAAAGACCUAAUCAAGCUGUACGCCUGCUACAAUGACGGCAUCAUCAAUCUGCUUGAGAAAUUUUUCCAGAUGAAGAGAAGCCAGUGUAAAGAUGGGCUGGAGAUCUACAAGAGAUUCCUGACACGAAUGACCCGGGUUUCCGAGUUCUUCAAAAUCGCAGAGCAAGUGGGAAUAGACAAAAACGACAUACCUGAGCUCACUCAGGCCCCGGAAAGUCUUUUGGAAUCUCUUGAGACCCAUCUCAACACCUUGGAGGGGAAGAAGCCGGAAGACAAAUCACCCACUAAGGAUGCAACAGCCAACAACAGUACUCCUGCAGCUGCUGCACCACCUGCCAAACCUGCUCCUCCUGCCGCAGCCGGCGGGCCACCGGCUCGACCUGGGCCGCCAGCAAAACCCCCCCCACCUUCUGUCACUCCCACCGCGCCGGCCCCUGCCCCCACCAUCACCAGCAACGCUCUUGACGACGGGUUUCUUUUGGAUCUUGACCCCAUGUCGUCCUCCUCAGCAGUGGGUGCAGCAGCAACAUCCUCGAUGACGGGCUGGGGAGAUCUCUUGGCAGAGGCUGCCCCAGCUGCUACCAAUGGGGCACCUCAAGCUCUUGCAGCAGAUGGAAAGUCAGCUAAUGCAGCUGCAGCAGGCGCUGCUGCCCCUGCUGCCACUGCCGCACCUGCAGCCGCUAAAGUCGCUGCUCCUCCAGCUGCAAAAGUCGCUGCUCCUGCAGCCGCUUCUGCUACCACUGCUGCUGCAGCUGCACCGGUGGCGCCACCCACAUCACUGCCUAUCUCUGCUCCUGCUCCUGCUGCCGCCUCAGCCGCUGACAUCGACCUUUUUGGAGAUGCGUUUGCACCUUCCCCAGGAGACGGUCCUGCUGCCGUGGCCGCGGGCCCCGCUGCUGAUGCAUUUAGUGGAUCUGACCCCUUUGCUACAACGGAGGGGAGUGCCGGCAUUGCUCCAGAGCUGGACCUGUUCGCCAUGAAACCUGCCGACACGGAGGCUUCCUCUGCCAUCACUCCUCCCACCUCUAGCGAAGCGCCGACCAUCAUCGCCCCAAUCGCUUCUCCUGCUCCUUCCUCCACUACUACCACCACCGACACCACCACCACAGAGUCUGCAGCUGCCCCGACUCUAGAUUUCUUUGGUGAUAUGUUUGAUUCAAUGCCUGAGCAAAGCCCUACCGCAGAAUCCAAAGCUGCUACCACUCCUAGCGUAGACUUUUUUGGUGCAGACCUACCUGCUUUUUCUCGCGGGCCCUCUCCGUUGCCCGAGUCGGCUCCGGCUGGAGACAUUGUGACGGAUACGUUUACAUCUCCAGCUCCAACCACCAGUCCUACUCCUUCUGCUGCCGCUGCCACUACUCCUGCACUGCAAGUUUCCUCUCCACCGAAACCAGAGCCUGAGCCAGUUAUUGACCUAUUGGACUCCUUCAGCGGCCCUGUGGAGGAGAAGCAAAGCUCUGCUCCUGCUGUUCCAGGAGAAGACCUGCUGGGAGGCCUGAUCUCCCCCACUCUUGCUCCCACGGCUGCUCCAGCCGUGGCUCCAGCUCCCGUGCAGAACAACCUCCUGGAGACUGGCUUCGAUGCCCUGGCCUCGCUUCCAUCCCUGACUCCCCCAUUACCAGCUGCAGCCUCAGCAGUACCCAUAGCUCCAACUGCAGCAGCAACAGAACCUGCAUCUACCACACCAGUGCCCUCUGGUGGCUUUGAUGCCUCAAUGUUCGGUGGGUUAGGCGAAUUGCUUAUGCCUGCGGUAACGCCACAGAGCACAGGAGGAAGCACGGCUGGAAGCACAGCAGGCAGCAUAGGGACUCCCAUCGCGGCAGGAGGCAUAUCAGCCAUCCCUCCUGCCACCCCGCCUCCUCCCAAAACAAUCGGAGGAGAUCUGGACUCAUCGCUGGCCAACCUGGUUGGAGACCUUGGAAUGAAGAAAAAAGAUCCUCUCAGUGAGAAGAAGCUGACAGGAGGAGCCAACUGGAUGCCGCAGGUCGCUCCUACCAGCUGGGGGACUCCAGGAGCCCCCAUGGCUGCUGUUGCCCCCGUUGCACCAGGAGCAGCUCCCCCUGGGGCACCUAUGGUGCCAACAAUGAGCGCACAGCCUGGCUUUGGCAUGCCCCCUGCAGGAGGGCCGGGAGUUCCAGUGAUGCAGCCCAUGAUGAGCCAGCCUAUGAUGGGACAGCCCAUGAUGAGACCCGCGUUCACUGGGCUUCCUGGAGCUGCACCUGGAGCCGCUGCACCAGGAGCACCGCUUUCUUCAGGACCUGCAAAUCAGAGCCCCAAGAAGCCCAAGGACCCUCUGGCAGAUCUAGACCUCAAGGACUUCUUGUAAUAUUCCAGCUGCUUUCCUUUCUGGAUCAGAGCCUUCUCAAUGUUUACCUGGUGUCGGUCAACAUCAACAAGAUGCCAGCUAUGUUCAGUUACUCUUUUUCCUCCUCUUCACCCGUCCAUGACCCGACUUCUCCUGUGUGAUGUUGUAGCACAAACUGUGAAAGUGAACCAUAAUGGAUUAUAUACAAUUAUACGAUAAAAAAAAAAUAGAGAAAAACAAUCCAAAGCUUGUGCUUAUGUCGAUGUACUCAUUUUGUUGUCGGAAAUAAAAUGACACAAAACCCUGACAAAAAAAACAAACAAAUGUUCAGGAAGAUAAAUGAGAGGAAGUGAAGAAAAAUAUGUGUUUAGAUUUAUUAAUUGUGCUGAGUUGAAUGAUUGAUGUGCUUUAGUGUCAUAAGCCCCGCCCAUAUCUCCUUUAAUGUCUCCGCCUCCUUACUGAGGAAGGAGGAGCUUCUCUGUGUUCCCAUGUUGGUCGGAUAUGAUUGGUAAACGAAACCCUGGUAGAUUUCUGAGAGACAUCAAAUAUGUUGUGUUUACAGGAAGGUCCUCUAUGAUGUACAUAGGUUUCUUUAGUGGGAAUCUCAAAAAUGAAUCAGACAUGAAAUCGUAAGAAGUAGUGUGAUUUUUCCCUCUGUCUGCCGUCAUCAGUGGAAUGAUCUGAAACGAGGAGGAUCGCCACUAUAAGAUUAAUAUACUGUAUAUUUAGAAAAACCUUGGUGGGCUUUUCAGUUGUAAAAAAAAA